AUGAAUGUUGUAUUAUUUUUUCCAACAUAUCGUGAUAUAUACAGGUUUAUUAAGGUUAACCACAAAUGCUUAGAUACGAUUAAAGGAUUAAAAACCAAUCCAAUGUUUUGUUCUUCAGAAUCCUUUGUUUCAUUUUUUAAAAGAUUUCAAACUGAUACAUUUGAAGUUUGUGGGAUUUAUUUUUGCUACAAUGAAUGGUUUGAAAAAGCCAAAUGUAUUAAGUCACCAUAUUUUCAUCCAUUAAUUGGAUAUCAAGAAAAAAUAUUAAACGUUUUACCAAAAGUUGUAUCGCUUGAUCUUUUCUAUGAAGAUACAAUCUCAGAUACUAUAAAUUUCUUUAUUAAAUAUGCACAUAGAUUUAAAAAACUUCAAUCAAUAACAGGUUCAAUAGAAAAUUUAAUUAAAUUUUUUAAACAAUAUACUAAUAAUGGAGAAAAUAUGUUUGUUCAAUUUCCUCGUUUAAUAUUUACAUCUACUUCAAACAAUAAUUUUCUUCAAUUAAAUGAUCAAACCGUUGAUUUAGUUAAUGAAUUAACUAAGUAUAUACGUCAAAAUGGAGAAACUCGAAUUAUUGUUUUAUUUAAUACACAUACAUCAAAUGCAGACCUAAUAAAAAGAAUGAAAGGAAUUGAAUAUCGUCAUCGUGGGUUUAUCAAUAAUCCAACACCAUAUUGUCUUGAAAAUUACUGUUCAUUUGAUGGAAGUUUUUUAAUUCAAAAUACAAUUGAAAUAAAUCAAUUUAAUAUUAUUAUAAAUAAAGCAUAUUCUAAUUCAGAAAUAAUAAGCGGUAUUCCGGGUAAGUCAUUACUCAUUAAUCCAAACCAGAAUAUUUCUCCCUGGAAUAUUCCUGAAUCAGUUAAAAAAGUAUCAUUACAAUAUAUUUCAUCUGAAACACAAAAUAGCAUGGUUUCUCUUUCAUUGAUAUCAGAUUAUUUAAAAACACUCAAAAUAACUGAAUGUAAUUAUUUAAGAUUUAAAAACCAGUUUCCUUCAUUAGAACACUUAAUAAUACAUGUAUGUGAUUCUAUAUCAUUUGAAAUAAUAGAUAAUAUGUUCCCAUCAUUAAUUAGUAUUACUAUUAGUUCAUCAUAUAAUAUCAGUCUUUCUGUCUCUUCACCAAAACUAGAAGAAAUUCUGUUAUAUUUUAAUGAAGAAAUCAAAAUCUGUGGAAAAGUUCCUUCUUCUUUUUCAAAACUUUUUAUUCGUCAAUCAAAAAAUUGCAAAUUACCUGAAAUAAGUUUUGAAACAUUAAAUUUAUUAAUAGAAGAAAGUCCUCAUUUAGAAUUUUUAAAUGAAUCAAAACAAAGGAUAUCACCAAUGAAAUAUGAAGGACUUUCAGUUGAACAAUCAGAACGGUUAUGUAAUUUACUUUUAUAUCUUCCAUCUGAAUUAUCAAUUAAUGAAAUGCUUAAUCCAUCAAAUCAUUUUAUAUUUAGACGAUUUUAUUCAGUAUCAAAGAGCUUAAAAAUUGUUGAUAAUAGAGUAAUUAAAACAAAAGAUUUUGUUGAUGGCAAUUAUCAAUUUUAUAGUCAAAAAUUCUAUUUAAAAGAUAAUAAAAAUUUGAAAAUGAAAAUUUAUGAUUCUAACAAUGAACUUCGUGAAAUACCUGCAUCAAUUAGAUACUUUGAAUUAACAGUAUCUGGUUAUAAUAUUAUUUCAAUUGGAAUAAUGAGAGUUGGUAGUUAUCCUUUUGAGGGAUCAAGACAUCUUGGAUGGGAUCAAGGAAGUAUUGGAUUCCAUUCAGAUUGUGGAAAUUUAUUUAAUGAAGGAAAAGUGUCUGAAUAUGGAAUACCAUUUGGAUUAAAUGAAGAUGAAGUUCAUACAGUUGGUUGUGGGUUUGAUACAAUAAAUAGUCAAGUAUUUUUUACACUUGAUGGUAAAAAAUACCCUUCAAUUAACGCUAAAUGGACAGACAUAACAGCAGGGUUUACAGUAACUGAUAUGGAUUGGGUUGAAAUUAACUAUGGUCAACGUCCAUUUUCAUUUGAUUUAUAUCAAUACUAUGAACAAAACCAAAGAAUUUGUGUUAUAGUUUAA